CGUGUAUUCGAGUAGUUAACACGGGCUGUGGCUUUCAUUUUUUUAAUAUUCGCACAAGGAUGAUCGAAGUCUGCACAAAAUUAUUUUUAAUUUAAAAUUACAGCAUGCUUAACGGCAACGACUCUGAGGAGUAUGACAAACUUGUUGCGCAUUGUGCUGAGGGAAUGACUGAAGAUGAAAAAAUUAUCUUCAUUAAUAAGAUGCAGGAUAUGCGCACAGAGUUGCUCCAGGAACAAUCAGAACUUGAGAGACAGAAUUUAUCUUUUGGUUUUCCGCAAGAAACUGGUACAACUGACCAACCUAAGAAAAUAAUUGUUGGUUCGGCUUUAACCAAGGAUUUAGGUUCAAGCAGUGCAAAUCAACGAGUAUGCAACAAACAAAACUUAAUUCCCACUGUUUCUAAUAAAAGUUUUGUUCCUUUAGCCAAAGUUAAUAAAAACUUAGAAAACGAAAGUAUCAACUUAAUUUAUUUAGAAGAUGAAAGAGCUACUAUUCAAGAAUAUAUAGAGAAGACCGAAAUUCUAAAGAAAGAAAAUGCUGAAUUAAGACAAAAACUUAAUGUUUUACGUGGACAGCUUAAUAACUCCGCUUUAGAAAACCAGAAGUAUAGCGAACUCGCAGUUCAGUACCAGCAUUUGGAUACCGCUUAUCGCAGGGUUUUGUCCGACCUACAUCUUGAAAAAGAAAAGUCUUCUUUCUACGAAAGAAAAUAUUAUAAGGAACUUGGGAUGAAAGCAAUUACUAAGCUUCCUUCUAAAGGCUUGUUGAAAAGAGAUAACUUUUACUCGAAAGAUCGUCGAGUUACUUUUGAACCAAAUUUAGUUUGGAUGAACGCCGCCCUUACAAAUGACUUGGAGACCAUCCUUGGCUUUAUUAAAAAGGGAUAUGAUGUCAACGCCAGAAACUCCGAGGGCAUGACUGCCUUGCACAAUGCGUGCUGCGGAAGCAACAGCGUCGAUGUCGUCUUGUUCCUGAUCGAUCAGGGAGCUGACGUAAACUGCACGGACCGUGAUUGGUGGACCCCUCUGCACGGCGCCGCUUGCUGUGGAAAUUAUGAGAUUUGCAAGGUUCUCCUCCAGAACGGUGCGAGCAUAAAUGUACAGAAUAACGAGCAAGAGACGCCAACGGACCUCACAUCGGUCCAUAAUGAUGAAAGUAUAAAAUGUUUAUUCGACGAAUAUCUACGUAUGUUUCAUGCUGCAGAAGUAGUUUAUGUUGUUUUGGACUAUACAGCACAGACGGGAGAUGAGUUGAGCGUUCGAAUUGGAAAUAUCUUAAAAGUCUUAAUAGAAAAGAAAGAAAGCGAACGAUGGUGGUAUGUAAAAAGACUCUACCGUGGCAUAAAACCUGGCGAGGAGAGCAAAGACGAAGGGCUCGUGCCGUCCGCGUGCUGCGCCCUUUACCCGCUUCAUGGAUGUAGGCCAACCUCUCUUCAGUAAAGGCUCGAGCAACAAAAAUAAUUGCGCAAAAGUUUCAAACAAUGGGAGGGGGGAAAAACAUUCCCUCGUGAGAACUCAGCACAAAGGUCUAUAUGAAGAAGGACUAGAUGGCUGGCAUAAGCGACUGUUUAAAUUUGGAGAGACAAAAAACAUGCUCUUUGGAAGAGGUGCAAAAAAUAUCUGUUAUAAAUUUUUAAUUUUAAAAUAAUAUUC